ACGUACUACCAGAUGCCCCGGCUUUUUCUUUGACUAUGGAGCCAUGUUGGUGGCUCCUAAUUUCCUUGGCCUGAAACACUCAGGCGCAACCACGGCACUCAUGGGCGGAUCGGUCCAAACCCUGUGCACAGAGCAAGCCCCAGCACAGCGCUGCCCAUCCCCUGACCACAUGGACAGGCACCCAGCACCUCCCCACUCCCAGCUGCUGGUGGGCAUGAAAAGAGGACCUGCUGCCUGUGACAGGGAAGGCUCCCACAGCUACCAGCAUUUCUACAUGGGGGUGUCAGACCCCGGCCCAGGCAUGCCCGACUUCACUGCCAGGGGCUAUGUGGACGACCAGCAAAUUCUCCACUAUGACAACAAGACACGGAGACAGGAGCCGCGCGGAGACUGGGUGCAGAGAGCCGUCAGACCAGACUUCUGGGACAGGGAAACCAGAAGCUUGCGGGGCUGGCAGCGGGUAUUUCAAUCAAACCUGGUCACCCUGCGGUAUCGCUACAACCAGACCGGUGGGUCUCACACUCUCCAGUUCAUGUACGGCUGUGAGCUCCGUGAACACAACAGCACUGGAGGCCACAUGCUGUUUGGCUAUGAUGGGGAAGACUUCAUCAGCUAUGACCUGAGAACACACACCUGGGUAGCAGCCCCGACACAGGCUGAGAGCACCCAGAGCAGGUGGAAUAAGGAUAAGGCCCUUCUUCAGGAUGCAAGAUCCUACCUGGAGGAGACCUGCAUCAAGUGGCUGCGGCAGUACCUGCAGCACGGGGAGGCAGCGCUGCAGAGCAAGCAUCCCAUGGCACAGGUGAGCGGCAGGCCAUCCCGGGACGGACGCACCACCCUGUCCUGCCAUGUGCAUGGCUUCUACCCCAGAGACGUGGCUGUCGCGUGGCUGAAGAACGGGACAAACCGCUCGGGGGUCCUUCCCAGCGGAGACGGGACCUACCAGACCUGGGCCACCAUCGAGAUUGACCCGAGCAGCAACCACAGCUACACCUGCAGCGUGCAGCACGAGAGCCUGGGGGCAGCUCUGAGCGUGGCCUGGGACAAGGGCAGUCUGGAGUCCAACUGGGUGCUGAUUAUGGGAAUCAUUUUUGGUGUCCUGCUGGUCAUUGCCAUGAUGAGCGCAGUUGCUAACUUCUUCUGUUUAAGGGAGCCUGCACCACCUCCAGAGACGCCCAUGGAGCAGGAGAGGAAAUAGCACAAAUCCAUGCACUAUAGCCCAUUCGCACCUUCCAAACAUCUUCAUUUCAGGGUCACGGGUAGAGGAGGCCAAAUGCUCUGCUCUUUGGCCCCGGAUGCUGUCUUGGACAAUGCAAUCCUUUUUUCCCCUUUUUUUCCCCUUUUUUGGGGGGCAGGGAGUGGGGGCAGGUGAAGAGACCUUUUGAGUAUAAGAGCU